ACUUAAGAGUGUAUUUUUCCUGCCCCGUGUUCUACAAAAAUUCAAAGAAGAUGGAGUAAUUUGGAAAGUAUUUCGUUUGAAUUACCCUGAACUGUUAAAGUAGAAGCCAUUUCAUUUUCUUCAAACCAACGUCGAUAAACCUCAGGGGUUAAGCUAGAAUGCGAUAGACUUUAAUAAGAUAUAUUUUUUUCUUUUCAGCAGCGAGAAUGAUUAUGUUUUACUCGAACUGGCAAUCUGGAGAGAGCCGAGAUCUUAAAUGGUGGACGAAGAUCAAUUUACUACACAGUUGGACAGUAGGGUUUUAAAGCUUUUCAAUGGUGCGAUCAAUUUUAUCAUGAGAGCACGCUAAACCAAAUGUUAAACUGCUUUCGGCCUAGAGUAAUCAUAGAAUCAUCCAAUUGCUAAGUUCGAUUCAUUCACAACUUACAUCCUCUGGGUAUUUUUUUCACCUAUCAAUGCAAUUAUUUUCAUGGGCAUUCAAGUAGGUACUUGGCUGAAGUUACCAGUUGGGUUUUCGAGUAAAUAUUCAAUUUUAAAAUUCAAAUGGCGUGGGUUCGAAACAAAGAAGAAUGUUUCUGUCUUGAAAGUGGAAUUAUAAGUUUAGCACCCAAUGUUGUCAAUAAGUAGCAUUUCUGUAAAUACUUUCGGUCUUUGAACAUUUACAUCGUCAGCGGCGGUUUUUUUCAGAGGUUUGUGGCUAUGGCCACAGGAUCAGGAAAGGUUUGGAAGCUAAUUUUGCAAUGUCCAGGGUUGCAGGCAAAAUCGGAGCACCCAGUCUUGUCAAGGACAAGGGGCCCUAUUCAACAGGUAUUUAAUUGUUUAUCGACCUACAUACACAAAUCAGUGUUGAAGCCCGGUUCUCUUGAGCUCCAUUCCUGCAACUAUCUCCGUUACUACACAACCAGUGUAAACAAAAAAUGCAGUGCGAAUGGUAGAAAAGUAAGCCAAUCAUCCGUCCAGACUUCCAGAAGUACAGUUGAGCAAGCAUUAGAGACUCAAUCAUCAGUUCAAACUUCCCGAAGUACGGGUGAGCAAGUAUCAGGGACCAAACAUACAAUACAGUCAGUAGAUGCAGAGCAAGAGGGAAAAAUUAGAUUACAGUUCUUAGAAGGUCAUUUAACCUAUAGAGAGUAUAUUGGCAAGCUGCAGAAUAAAUUGAUAAAUGCUUGGGCCAAUGCUGAAGAAAUCAGCCAGAUUUUGAAUCAGGAAGCCUCCACACUGAAUACCCCAGGGAUUCACAUAUUUCUGGGACUGCUGAAUUCUUUGGAACCAAGGCCUCAGCUAGCUCUAGAGGUCUUCAAUUGGAAGAGGACACGAUCUGACAUGACAACAGAUCUUCAUGAGUAUUCAAAAUCAAUUAUUCUUGCAGGAAGAGCAAAGAAUGUUGACUUGGCUGUUGAGUUGUUUUCUGAGAUAGAAUCUAGAGGAAUUAAGAAGGAAACUUCAGCAUACAAUGCUCUAAUGAUUGCAUAUGUUUGCAAUGGUCUUACCCCCAAAACUCUGGCAUUGUUUGAUGACUUGAAGAGGGAUCCAGACUGUAGUCCUACCAUUGUGACCUAUAAUAUACUCUUAUCUACCUUUGGGCGUUCAAUGCUUGUUGAGCAUAUGGAAAUGGUCAAUCAGGCAAUUGAGGAGUCGAGCCUCCCUCCUAAUAUCUAUACCUAUAACACUCUCAUUGCUGGUUACUUGACUGCUUGGAUGUGGGAUGAAAUGGAAAAAGUUUUCAGAAAGAUGGAAAGAUGCUUCGUAGAGCCAAAUUGUUCCACUUAUUCUCUGCUGGUUAGAGGAUAUGCAUUCUCAGGACAAUUGAAGAAAAUGGAAGAAGCGUUUGACCAUUUGAAGGGGAAGAUAUAUGAGAAGGAUGUGCCCAUAAUUCGGGCUAUGAUCCAUGCAUAUUUUAAGAGUACUGAUGCAGAAAAAAUAACAAAAAUUGAAAAUUUACUAAAAUUUAUACCUGAGAACGAGUAUAGGCCUUGGAUAGAUGUGAUAUUGAUAGUACUCUAUGCUCAAGCAGAUGCUGUUGAAAAAAUGGAAACUUCCAUAACUGGAGCACUGAGCCGUUGCACAAUGAUUGCUACUACGAGUGUAACUCGUUCAGUGACAACUACUUAUUUCAAACACGAUGCACUAGAUAAACUGGAAGCUUUUGUGAAGCAAACAAAAACAGCAGGUUGGAAGCUAUGCCGUUCUGUGUAUCAUGGCAGGAUGGUCAUGUAUGGAUUUCAAAAUCGUUUACGUGACAUGGAAAAUGUCAUGGAGGAAAUGAAGUCCUCUGGUAUCUCUCCUGUUAAGAAGACAUUUUUGAUUUUGUACAAAAUAUACAUUAAAUUCAGGAAGGAAGAUGAGGUAAAAUGGACUCUGAAAAGAAUGAAAAAUGCCGGUUUUGAUUUACCAGAGGAUUCCAAAAUAUUAGCGGAUGAAUGUUUUGCUGAACUUUUACAUUGAAAACCAAUCUAUAGGUGAGGGAAUUCAAAUAAUUUUAUUCAUCAAAUGCUCAAUUUUUUCUUUUUCCAUUUUAUAAUCUGACUGUAAUGUCCCCUAUUAGGAGGUUGCCACUUCCUGUAACUUAAUAACAGUUCUGAUCUGAUCUGAUCAAUUCCAUUUAUUCAAAUAAGAUUGACAGUGCAGAGAUUUAUUACUUUAUGAAUAGAAUUUCAAUGAAUUAAAAUUAAUCUCUAUCUUUAUUCUGAUUAA